CGAAGUUUCUCUAACUCUUGGACCGUAAAGCGUAGUAUCGUACCAUAUUAGAAUCUGUCACUGCUUUCGCUCUCCUUCCUUCUCACACCGCAUCUAUUUCUCCGAAGAACCAUUUUAUUAUUCACGUGUCUCCCUUCCAUUAAUUCUUCCUCAGCUCCCACUUCGAGUUUCUCCGGCGGGAGAGGGGGCGGCGGUUCUUCCGUCGGAGAUAUCGAUCGCGGCAGGGCGUUGUUCUGAUUGGGGAGUCUGAAGUGGGGAUUAUGGAUUUGCUCUUUUGUUGUGCUCUGUUCUAGGUAUGGGACGUUGUCGUGGUUAGUUUGUUUUAAUUACGUAGCUUGGGAGUGGAAAUUCUCGUAGGGAUUCAGGUCUCAAUGAUUUAUAGCUUGAGUUUCGCGCUUGUCUCGCGUUGCUGAGAUUCCGAGCUGGUUGUUUAUCUAAUUGGUAUUUGCGUUGGGGUGUUUUGACAAUUUGUAACGAUCGAGCUUUGAAACGAUCUUCGGUGAGGCUAGGUUUUUGACCCUUUGUAUCUUGGUUUGUUCUCUGUUAUUUUGUGUUUAGGAGAGACAUUUAUUUGGAGUCUAGAGUCAGCUGUUGUGGGCUAGGGUUACAUUUGCUUGAUUUUGGCGGUCUUGAACUCUGUAGUCUUUGUGGGGUUUGCUGGGAGGUUUGUUUUGGACAUGUGGAUUUCUUUUGUGUGGAUUCACGGAUGCGACGGCGUUUUGAUUAUGGAUUUCUGGGGACGAAGUGAGGCGGAUUAGGAUUUGUUUACCUCUACGGUUUUGGUUGUGCCCGUAAUUUGCGGGCGCCGGCCUGUUUGAACUUUACGAAUUGGUGGGGUUCUGAUUUUCCGUCCAAGCGCUUCGUGUGUGUUUUGGAUAGGUGGAGGCUGACAUGGGCGGGGAUAUCCAUCAAAUUUUCUCUACCGAUUCUUCAAGAGGACAGAAACAGAAGACUCAGGAAUGGGAUUUAAAUGAGUGGACAUGGGAUGGAGAAGGUUUUGUGGCUGUUCCUGUGAACCCCAGACCUUUAGAUUGCAACAAGCAGCCAUGCCAUGAUGUGUGUGUUUCAAACACCUCAUUGACUGGCUCUGAUGAGUGUAACUAUAGAAUCAUUGGGAAAGGACUAGGUGAAGCGGACAAGCGGAGACGGAUUUUGGUUGUUGAAGAUGAUAAGCAAUGUGAUGAAGUUGGGUCUCUUACUUUAAAGCUUGGCGGUCAGAUAUAUCCAAUUAUGGAAGAUGAUCUGGAUGUUGGAGGAAUGAAAAAUGGUAAGAGGGGCCUGGAGCAGGCUAGCAAUUUAAACCAUCCUAAGUGUCAGGUGGAGGGCUGUGAUGCUGAUUUGAGCCAAUGCAAAGACUACCAUAGGCGUCAUAAAGUGUGCGAGGUGCAUGCUAAGGCUAGCAGUGCAGUAAUUGGGAAUAUUAUACAGCGUUUUUGUCAACAAUGCAGUAGAUUUCACCUCCUUCAAGAGUUUGAUGAAGGGAAAAGAAGUUGUCGUCGACGUUUGGCAGACCAUAAUAAAAAAAGGAGGAAAAAUACUUCCGACAUUUCUCCAAGUGGGAGUUCUGCAGUUGAUAAUCAGUCAACUAACCAUUUAUUGAUAAGCUUAUUGAGAAUUGUCGCUAAUUUAACAUCUGAUAAAUCUCAACUGUCAAAAGAUAGUGAGCUAUUGUGGAACCUUUUGAGAAAUAUUGCCUCUUUGGCUAGUUCAUCUGAUGCAAAUAAGAGUUCUAGUCUCCAAGCAUCUCAUGAUCUUCAGAAAGUUGGGACAUCUGCUAGGAUAUCAGGACAGGCUACUGAUGCUCGACUUUCAGGUGUUGUCCCUCUGACAGAGAAUCUCAAGCAAUCAUGUUCACCUGCCAAAACAAAAUGUGCUCCGACCAUGGCUACUAAUAGUUAUGUAUCAGUUUCUGCUGCUUCAAGAGAGAUGAAUUUUCAGCAUAAUACUUUAUCCCCAUUGCAGCACAUGCUACCUGGUGCAUAUAACGUUGAGGGUGAAAGGACAAAGGGAUUUGACUUAAAUGCUACAUUUGUUGAUGAACAUGAUGGUGAAUUAGGAUGUGAGAGAUUAGCAAAACAAGCAACUCUUGUGAUCGGUUCUUCUGGUUGUCCUCCAUGGAUGGUUAAAAAUUGUCACCAGUUAUGCCCACCCCAAAUAAGUGGGAAUACAGAAUCAACAUCAACCCGAUCACCUUCAAGUUCAAAUGGGGAUGCUCAGAGCCGUACAGACAGAAUUGUGUUCAAACUAUUCGGAAAACACCCUAAUGAUUUUCCUCUUGCUUUGCGAGCACAGAUUGUUGACUGGUUAUCUCAUAGUCCUACGGAUAUGGAGAGUUAUAUCAGACCUGGAUGCAUCAUUCUUACAGUUUAUCUUCGUCUUAGCUUGUCUGCAUGGGAUGAGCUGUGUCAUGAUCUUGGUUCUAGCCUGAAUAGGCUACUUUGUCUAUCAGCUGAUAAUUUUUGGCAAACGGGAUGGGUGUAUGCUAGGCUGCAACAUCACGUAGCAUUAAUAUACAACGGUCAGGUUGUGUUGAACAAGACUUUGGUCGUGGAGAGAACUAGUUACUGUAAGAUUCUUAGUGUCACACCCAUUGCAGCUCCUCCUUCUUCAAGGGUUACCUUUAAAGUCAAAGGUUCUAAUCUUGUUCGACCUACCACAAGAUUAUUCUGUGCAUUUGAAGGGAGAUAUCUCAUCCAAGAGAUGGACAAACAUUCUGUCAACUGUUCUAACAAUGGAAGCAGACAUGAACAAUUCCAAUCUCUUAGCUUUUCUUGUUACCUUUCUGAUGCAAUCGGGCGAGGAUUUAUUGAGGUUGAAGAUGCUGGUCUAAGCAGUGGGUUCUUCCCCUUCAUAGUCGCAGAAGAAGAUAUAUGUACUGAGAUAAGAAUGCUAGAGAGUUCAAUGGAUGUUGCCUCUUGUGAUGAAGUUUUGGAGGAAAAAUUAGUGGCCGUAAGAAAUCUGGGUCUGAAUUUUUUACAUGAGAUGGGAUGGCUACUUCGGAGGAGUCAGUUAAGGUCUAGAUCAGAAUCCGAGAAUCAUUGCUCAGAAGUUUUUUCCCUUCCACGUUUCAGAUGGAUUUUGAGAUUUUCAAUGGAUCGUGACUGGUCUGCUAUUGUCAAAAAGCUCCUAGACUUUUUGUUCGACGGAAUCAUAGAUUUAGAAGGGGUUUCUCCUACUAAGAUUGCUUUGUCAGAAAAUCUGCUCCACUAUGCUGUUCAAAGAAACUCUAAGUUAACAGUAAAGCUCUUAUUGAGAUACAGACCUUGCAAAAAUUCAGAUAGGGCCAUUGAGAACUUAUUUAGACCGGACAUGCCUGGUCCCUCCAAUAUAACGCCACUUCAUGUUGCAGCCAGUAGUAUUUAUGCAGAAAGCAUGUUGGAUUUACUAACCGAUGAUCCAGGACAGUUUGGAGUCAAAGCAUGGAAGACCGCCCGUGACAGCACCGGCUUCACUCCCGAAGACUACGCAUUCGCCCGCGGCCAUGAAUCUUACCUAACACUGAUGCAGACAAAACUCAAAAAGCUCACAGAAAAAACUGAUGUGGCCGUCAACAUGCCUUAUAAACCAUCUGGAAAAUUCAAGUCUGAGAAACUAUCUUCCCUUGAGAUCGACAAGAGCAAAUCAAAAUCCUGUAAGCUAUGUGAACGCCCUAUGGCUUACCGCAGCUCAGUGGGAAGCUCUUUAUUGUAUCGGCCAAUGCUGCUUUCUAUGGUGGGCAUUGCUGCAGUUUGCGUUUGUGUGGCUCUUAUAUUCAAAGGACCUCCAGAAGUUCUUUUUGUCUACCCUCCGUUCAGGUGGGAGUUAUUAGAGUAUGGAUAUAUGUGAGGAGUUUAGUGUUCGGCUCGAACGGUUUUGUUGCAGAUUAGUAUUGAGUUGGGGGGUAUAGUGGUCAUUUCGAGUUAGCAAUAUAUUCUUAUAUUCUUUUGAUUAUGAGAUUAUAUUGGAGGUGUCAAUUAGCUUAGUUGUAAAGAUCUUGGAAGUUGUUGUUAAGACCCUGGCUGGGACUGACUUAUGUCCAUAUCAAAGUUGUAAUUUAGUACUUUUUGAUGA